AUGAAUGCCUUCUUCGACGGGUAUGUUAAUGCUAAGACGAACCUCAAAGAGUUUGUUGACCAGUUUGAUAACGCAUUGAGAAAAAAGAUUGAGAAUGAAAAUGCCGCGGACUUCCACUCAUUCAGUGUCACAACCCCCUGCAUAUCUAGGUCUCCAAUUGAGAAGAGGUUUCAAGAAUUGUACACAAAUUCUAAAUUCAAGGAAGUACAACAGCAAGUUACCGGUAUGAUCGAUAUGAAUCCAAAGUUACAUGAGAGCAUUGGUGCAAUACAAACAUAUUUGGUAAAGGAUGAAGUUCAUUUGGCAGAGUUCACUAAGCAAGUUACAUAUUCUGUGGACUUUAUUGAAAAAGAUUCAGCUGCAAAGUGUUCUUGUGGAUUAUUCCAGAUGAGAGGGAUAUUGUGUAGGCACAUUUUGGCCGUAUUUAGAUGUAACGAGAUUACAUAUUUGCCAGAUAGUUAUGUUUUAGAUCGAUGGAGGAAGGAUAUCAAACGGCGAUACACGUUGAUCAAUAGUAGUUAUGAUGCGGGGGAACAACGGGCAGAUUCUAAUAGAUAUUCAGAGAUGUUGAAUAUCUGUUAUCAGAUGAUUACUCUUGCAGCAGGUUCGAAAGAGCAUACUCAGGAUGCAAAAGCUAAGUUAUAUGCAAUGAUUGAGUUGUAUCGUGCCAACCAAGAACCCCCAUCUCUGACCCAAACGGGUUCCAAUGUUCCAAUAUCAGCAGGGGGCACAACUACUGUUGGUGGUUCUGGGCAAGUACGUAGUCCAAAUGUUGUACGUGGGAAAGGCAGACCCCCAUCUCUGAGGAGAGCAUCCAGGAUGGAGAAGGAUAUGCGAAAAGUUAAAGCGAAGAUCAAAAAAGCACAAGGAAAGGGAAAACGCAAAGAGGGAGAUGUACGAGAUACACCUAUAUUGAGCACACAGAGAUCCUUAUUUGGCCAUGAGGAGAAUGAACUGGCCAAUGCUGGAUACGUGCAGGCCAAUCCAGAAUCCACAGUUUUUGACAUUGGUGGAACCCAAAUCCGAGGAAUAGGGAUUCAAAGUCAAGAAAGUAUGCAAAUUGGAUUGGAUGGAUCACAGCCGAUUGACUUUGGGUUGGAUGGAUCACAACCUAUGAUGUUAUUUAAUGGCUUGUCUCCAGUUGAGGAGUAUGAGAGGUCGUGGGAGCAGAACGAGGAAUUGGGUCUGAACGAUAUUGACACGUCUUCAACCGAUGCUGCAUAUAACUUGACUGAUACGAAAAUGGGGGAAUUUUUAUAA